AUGGCGGCGGCCACCGCGCGCGCCGUCGCGAAGGAUUUGCUCGGAAUGUCCGCGCGCGCGCUUAAAUCGAUCGUCGUCGACGAGUGCGGGCAACCUUUGUAUCGAGCGACGCAGAUUCGCGAACACCUGUACGGCGCGCGGCGGUGUCGAAGGAUUGAAGAUUUCUCGCUGAUACCGCGUGAAAUGCGGGACGCGCUCGUCGCGGGGGGGUAUCGAACCGGAAGAUUGGCGGUGGAGUCGGCGAGCGUGAGUGGGUGCGGCACUGGGAAGGUCUCCUUGCGCGUGGGCGAGCGAGAGGUGAUCGAGGCGGUGGGGAUUCCAGACGCGAGUUGUUGGCGCGCGAGCGCGGAGGCUGAGAAUCGGUUGACGGCGUGUGUGAGCAGUCAAGUCGGAUGCGCGAUGAAGUGCACGUUUUGCGCGACAGGGAUGCAAGGAUACAAGCGAAAUUUGACGCCGGCGGAAAUCACGGCUCAGGUGAUCGAACUCGAGGAGCUGUACGGUAAACGCGUCUCGCAGGUGGUCUUUAUGGGCAUGGGUGAACCGAUGCUGAAUAUCAAAUCCGUGGUUCAAGCGAUAAGGUGCCUGAACGAAGAUGUUGGGAUUGGUGGACGGCACAUAACAGUUUCAACCGUUGGCAUCCCGAAUUCGUUGAAGAAACUGGCGAAGGAAAAGCUCGCAAUCACGCUUGCAAUCUCUUUGCACGCCCCUGAUCAACACACGCGGGCAAAAAUAGUGCCAUCCGCGAAGUACUAUCCAAUGGAGGACUUAUUGAAUGACGCACGCGCUUACUUUAAGGAGACAGGGAGACGCGUGACGUUCGAGUACACCUUGCUCGCCGGCGUCAACGAUUCCCCAUCUCAAGCAAAAGCGCUGAGCCGAAUGUUAAAACGGAAGUUUGGUACCGGCGCACACGUCAACAUCAUUCCUUGGAAUAACAUCGAUGGUAUUAAUCACACAAGGCCAUCCGGAAACGCCAUUCAUCGAUUCUGUGCGCAGUUAGAGGGCGGUGUGACGCAUACCAUACGACGCACGCGUGGCUUGGACACAAACGCCGCAUGCGGAAUGCUCACUGGAGCGUUCGAAAGACGAACGCUUCGUGCCAACGCGUGAGCAUACAGCAAAAAAAAGAUGUACAGGAUGUACGGUAACGCUAGUAACUGUAGCCUAUAUUCUAGAAAAGUCUAG